CGGCUGCCCGCGCCCCUCACGGCUCGGCCCCAUGAGCGGCAGCGCUGCUCGCUCCCGCCCGGCGCUGCGGUGGAGACGGCGGGUCGCCCCUGCAUGGCCCCGGCUGUGGAUAUGACCGCCGCUCCCACUGGGGUCCGCAGCGACGAGCUGCCCGCAUCCGCCUUCAGCAGUCCCGGCGGUGGCGCGCUCCCCGUCGCGGCGGCGAUGGGCGGGGAGGAGGAAAGCGACAAGCCCAAGGUCUCCCCAUCCCUCCUGCCGUUCAGCGUGGAGGCGCUCAUGGCCGACCACAGGAAGCCGGGAGGCAGGGACGGACCCGAGGGCGCCGGGCCCCCGCCGGGCGCUGGGGCGGCCGCCCGCGCCAGCCUCAGCCCCCGCCUGGGCGCGCUGUCGGCGGAGGCGCCGCCGUCCCCGCUGCCCCUCGGCGGGCACUUCUCCGUCGGGGGACUGGUCAAGCUGCCCGAAGACACCCUCGUUAAGGCGGAAAGCCCCGAGAAACAGGAGCGGAGCCCCUGGAUGCAAACGCCACGGUUCUCGCCGCCUCCCCCGAGGCGGCUGAGUCCCCCCGCCUGCACCCUGCGCAAGCACAAGACAAACAGGAAGCCUCGGACGCCCUUCACCACGGCGCAGCUGCUGGCCCUCGAGAGGAAGUUUCGGCAGAAGCAGUACCUGUCCAUCGCCGAGCGUGCAGAGUUCUCCAGCUCGCUCAGCCUCACCGAGACGCAGGUGAAGAUCUGGUUCCAGAACCGCCGCGCCAAGGCCAAGAGGCUCCAGGAGGCCGAGCUGGAGAAGCUGAAGAUGGCAGCCAAGCCCAUGCUCCCGCCUGCUGCUUUUGGCAUCUCCUUCCCACUGGGCGGCCCGGCCGUGGCCGGUGCUUCCCUGUACGGUGCCUCCAGCCCUUUUCAACGGGCAGGGCUGCCCGUGGCUCCUGUGGGACUGUACACAGCACAUGUGGGAUACAGCAUGUACCACCUCACAUAGAGCCUGAGCUGAGCUCAGCCCAGCGCUGCUGGCUGGCUGCUCCUGCUGGCUCCACACACUCUCCUUCCCUGCUCAUUUGGCUCUUCUCUAUGGACUUCCUCAUGGACCCUAUGGCAGAGACUUCUUCAGUCUGGCUCUGCUUGACCUCUCUGCUUCCCCUUCUGAUGCAGAGCCUCUACCCCCAGCACUGUCCUGAUCUCAGCAGUCCUGGGGAGCUGGCAGAAGUGUGAGGCAUCGCCCCAGCUCCUUCCUGGUGCAGGGUGCUGAUGGCCCAACCGUGUCCUGCUUCCCUGGGGCUAGCUGGAACCUGAGGAGAGCCCUCUGCCAUGGGGGAAGGGACUGUGGAAGAGAAAUGGAAAAAGGGGACUGAAAGACAGGACAUUACUUUCUGCAAGGCGAGGUCAAGAGGCAGAAGUGUUAAACAGCCUUUUCCGUCCCCGUCUAACAGCGCUGUCUGUUACCUGCCUUUGUUCCUCCACCAGCUCCUUUGGAAGGGGCUCUGUGUACUAUGUAAUAUACUGUAUAUUUGAAAUUUUAUUAUCAUUUAUAUUAUAGCUAUAUUUGUUAAAUAAAUUAAUUUUAAGCUAC